AACACCCAUUGGGAAAAAUAUACAGAAGCCACCCACAAUUGUGUUGUAAACUCACUUUUUUCUGUUUAGGCCAUUGCUGGUUUGCAGAUAUUGUUACUUUACUUGGACUUCAUCUCUCCAUAAUCUUGUGUAGCCUUUUCUUCAUGGCAUAAAAGGGGAAGAGGUUCUUCAACCAAGAUGGAAACUGUUUUGGAGCCCAGAGUGAAGAUGGAGGAGCCAAACCAAUGUGGCCCCGAAGGAGGAAGAGAGCCCAAUACAACGUGGGGCAGGAGAAGGGUUGUAUCCUGGGGGAGAACCGGGCAGGAUGCUCUAGAUGAGAAGGGGUUCAGUGCAGACUUCCAUGGGGCUGAUGGGCCCCGAGAGGUGUGCAGCCGCCUCCACUCUCUCUGCCGCCUGUGGCUGAAGCCUGAGGAACAUACCAAGGCGGAGAUGCUGGACCUGGUGCUCCUGGAGCAGUUCCUGGCCGUCCUUCCUGCGGAGAUGGAGCGCUGGGUGAGGGAAUGUGGGGCAGAGACCAGUUCCCAGGCCGUGGCUUUGGCGGAAGGAUUCCUCCUGAGUCGGGCAGAAGAAGAGCGGCAGGAGAGAGAGGUCCCUCAGGCCCAGGAGGCCCCAGUGGAGACCAGCAAGAGGUUCUCUUCUGGGUGGAUUGGACUAGAGGACAACACAGGAGAGUCCUCUCUGGGAGGUGAGCCCAGGGUGCUGGGAAGACGUGGCAGCUCCACUCUUUCUGAUGCCGGAGAAGUGGCAUCAGCAUCAGUUCAACAAGAUCAGGUCAUGUUUGAGGAUGUGGCUGUACAUUUCAGUGAGGCGGAGUGGGCCUUACUAAAUACGGAUCAACGGUCCCUGCACAGGGAGGUCAUGGAAGAAAAUUAUAGGAUGGUGUCUUCUCUGGGUGAUGAUGGACAAGGGAGUGAAAAUGGGGGAGCUCCAAAUAAUAUGUGGCUGAAAACAGGGAGACGUAAAAAGGAAGAAGAAAGAAGCCCGAGAAUAGAAGCAGCAGGAUACAACAGCAAUCAGUGCCCUGUCGACACCAGGGAAAUAACAAUACAACAAACAAUAGACGAAAACAGGGAGAUGGGAAACAGCCCUGUCUCUGAGAAUGGCUUCUUCAAGGAGGCAUCUAGUAUACACCCUGCACACAAUGAGAAACAUAAAAUUGUGGACAUGCCAUAUAAAUGCCUGGAGUGUGGAAAAUGCUAUCCCAAAAAGAAUACCCUAAGAAGACACCAAAAAACCCACAUGGGAGAGAAGCCAUAUAAAUGCCUGGAGUGUGGAAAAUGCUAUCCCAAAAACAAUACCCUAAGAAGACACCAAAAAAUCCACACGAGAGAGAAGCCAUAUAAAUGCCUGGAGUGUGGAAAAUGCUAUCCCAAAAACAAUACCCUAAUAAGACACCAAAAAACCCACAUGGGAGAGAAGCCAUAUAAAUGUAAGAACUGUGGAAGAUGUUUCACUGAGAAAGGAUACCUCAAGAGACAUGAAAGAACCCACACAGUAGAGAAGCCCUAUAAAUGCCUGGAGUGCGGAAAAGGUUUUUCUCAUAAGAUACUUCUUAUUGGACAUGAAAUGAAUCACAGAGGAGAGAAGCCCUAUAAAUGUCUGGAGUGCGGGAAGGGUUUUACUUGGAAAUUUAGCCUAAAACUUCACCAAAACACCCACAGGGAAGAGAAGCCAUAUAAAUGCCUGGAGUGUGGAAAAGGUUUCUGUCAGAGACAAAACCUCAAGAGCCAUGAAAGCACCCAUGCACAAGAGAAGCCAUAUAAAUGCCUGGAGUGUGGAAAAGGUUUUUGUAAUAAGAGAAGUCUUAUUGGACAUGAAAUGAAACACAGAGGAGAGAAACCCUAUAAAUGCCAGGAGUGUGGAAAAUGUUUCCUUCAAAAAGCACACCUCAAAAGCCACGAAAGAACUCACACACAUGAGAAGCCAUACAAAUGCCUGGAGUGCGGAAAAGGUUUUACUAAUAAGAUCUGUCUUAUUGGACAUGAAAUGAAUCACAGAGGAGAGAAACCCUAUAAAUGCCUGGAGUGCGGGAAGUGUUUCUCUUUGAGUAGUCACCUAAAGCAGCACCAAAGAUCCCACACGGGAGAGAAACCCUAUAAAUGCCAGGAGUGCGGAAAGGGUUUUUCUGCUAAGAAAAAUCUCAUUGGACAUGAAAUGAAUCACAGAGGAGAGAAACCCCAUAAAUGCCUGGAGUGCGGGAAGAGUUUCACUUGGAGAGAUAGCCUAAGGCUGCACCAAAAAUCCCACAGAGGAGAGAAGUCCUAUAAAUGCCUGGAGUGUGGGAAACGCUUCCCUCAGAUAGAAGUCCUCACUGAACAUCAAAAAACCCACAAGGGAGAGAAUCCAUAUAAAUGCAUGGAGUGUGGAAGAUGUUUCUUUCUGAAAUCAAACCUCAAGAGACAUGAAAUCAUCCACACAGGAGAGAAGCCCUAUAAAUGCCUGGAGUGUGGAAAAGGUUAUGCAGAAAAGAGAGCUCUUAUAGGACAUGAAAUGAGUCACAGAGGAGAGAAACCCUAUAAAUGCCUGGAGUGCGGGAAGAGUUACAGCCUUAAAGCUGUCCUUACAGCUCACCAGAAGAGUCAUAAAGGAGAGAGUGGGAAGAGUUUGAGCUACAAAUCAGACCUCAAAAAUGUCCAGGAUAUUCUUUUAGAAGGCAAAACCAAAGACAUGUCUGGAGUGAGGGAAAAGCUUCCACGGGAGAGCAAGUCUCAAGGCCCACUAAAAAACCCACACGGGAGAGAAGUCAAAAAGCCUCGAUUCUGAGAAGUGUGAGCUGCAAAUCAAUCCUCAAAGAUGUGGGUUUUUUGGUGUCUUCUUAGGGAAUGUUCAUAGAAAGAGAAAUUGUACAUAUUCCUGCCUUGUGGAAAGAAUCAUAGAAUCAUAGAAUCAUAGAAUAGUAGAGUUGGAAGAGACCACAUGGGCCAUCUAGUCCAACCCCCUGCUAAGAAGCAGGAAAUCACAUUCAAAGCACCCCCGACAGAUGGCCAUCCAGCCUCUGCUUAAAAGCCUCCAAGGAAGGAGCCUCCACCACGGCCCCGGGGAGAGAGUUCCACUGUCGAACAGCCCUUCUCACAGUGAGGAAGUUCUUCCUGAUGUUCAGGUGGAAUCUCCUUUCCUGUAGUUUGAAGCCAUUGUUCCGUGUCCUAGUCUGCAGGGCAGCAGAAAACAAGCUUGCUCCCUCCUCCCUAUGACUUCCCCUCACAUAUUUGUACAUGGUGAUCAUGUCUCCUCUCAGCCUUCUCUUCUGCAGGCUAAACAUGCCCAGCUCUUUAAGCCGCUCCUCAUAGGGCUUGUUCUCCAGACCCUUAAUCAUUUUAGUCGCCCUCCUCUGGACGCUUUCCAGCUUGUCAACAUCUCCCUUCAACUGUGGUGCCCAAAAUUGGACACAGUAUUCCAGGUGUGGUCUGACCAAGGCAGAAUAGAGGGGGAGCAUAACUUCCCUGGAUCUAGACGCUAUUCCCCUAUUGAUGCAGGCCAGAAUCCCAUUGGCUUUUUUAGCAGCCGCAUCACAUUGUUGGCUCAUGUUUAACUUGUUGUCCACGAGGACUCCAAGGUCUUUUUCGCACACACUGCUGUCAAGCCAGGCGUCCCCCAUUCUGUAUCUUUGAUUUCCAUUUUUUCUGCCGAAGUGAAGUAUCUUGCAUUUGUCCCUGUUGAACUUCAUUUUGUUAGUUUUGGCCCAUCUCUCUAGUCUGUCAAGAUUGUUUUGAAUUCUGCUCCUGUCUUCUGGAGUGUUAGCUAUCCCUCCCAGUUUUGUGUCGUCUGCAAACUUGAUGAUCGUGCCUUCUAACCCUUCGUCUAAGUCGUUAAUAAAGAUGUUGAACAGAACCGGGCCCAGGACGGAGCCCUGCGGCACUCCACUUGUCACUUCUUUCCAUGAUGAAGACGACGCAUUGGUGAGCACCCUUUGGGUUCGUUUGCUUAGCCAAUUACAGAUCCACCUAACCGUAGUAGAGAUGAGUUGCACAACAAGCUUCACAAAAUAGUAGGAAACCCAAAUGCAAAAGAAGCCGUGGAAAUGUCUGGAGUGUUAAAGCCAUCACUCAGGAAAAAAAAAACUCCCCUUGAAUUCUCUCAGAGGAGAGAAGCCUCUAAAAGCUCAGAGGGUGGGAAGAGUUGUGUCCUCGAAUCAGGUCUCAAAACUCUCCAGGAGAGAAAGCAUAGGCACGUCAAGAGUGUGGGAAGAGUUCGAUCCUCAGUGGGCACCAGAGUGCUCACACAAUGAAGAAACACAUGUGGACAGAAAACUGUUCUAGCCUUUGUACAGAUUCUCUCUUGUCUAGACUGACAGUUGAUGGAAGUCAUCUUGGACCUUUUCUUGGCACAAUUAAGGGAGAACGUGGUACGUUCAGCCCAGUCCUGGCCUUGUGGCACUGUCACCACAUGGUUGAGAUGAUGUCGUUUCCACACGGGUUUCCUCCUUUUCAGUUCUUUGUGCUUGUUUUAGAAAGUUCACUGAAAUUUCUUCCAUUUCUUGUAUUCUUUUGGAAAUGCUCAGAGAGAAAUAAAGUUAUCUUAUAGCCUGGUGGUAUAAA